AUGGAAGGAUUUCGUUUGAUAUUUUUCAGUUGUCACUCGAACGAACGACUCUUUCUACGAGAUUUCGUCUCGUGUACAACUGGUACCAGCGGAGGACGUCUCGCAAGAUGGCUACAACCGGACAGUUUUGUGGAUCCCUCGAAGUGCGAGGUGUUUUAUUCGAAGGACGAAAUGAAGUGCGGAUGGCCGGCCAUCGUUACCAUAUUCACGCGAGACCAGUACGGAGAUGCUGUUCACGUGCCCAAUUUAAAGGUGGAAGUAAAAGCAGUGCCCAUCGACAAGAAAGACUUAACAGAAAACGAACAAGGAAGAAAGAUUCGACGGGUUUCGCAGCCCGAUUCGAUGACGUUCGGUGGGCAUCCUCAGCCACCACUCGAUGUGCCGUAUGAGGUCACGAUCAACAACAAGACCUGCUUCUACGCGAUUACCAUUAUGAAGGCUUAUCAGAACUAUUCGUUCGAGGAGCUGAGGUUCAUGUCACCAGCUAUAAACAGAUCGAGCGAAAGUAUGCUGGUCAGACCGAAUGGCGAUGGAAGUUACAGCGCGACCUGGACACCGUCAUCCGUUGGAUGGUACUCGCUGAUGAUCACUGUGGACGGCUACAACAUGGAUGAUAAUUACAAAGUGGAGGUGAAAGAGCCACCACAGAGGAUGCAACCACCGACUCAAAAUAUCGUGAAAAAAACGCAGCAUCAGCCGAACAGGCUUAGAAAAUUCGUGGCGAAGAAUAGCGUGGGUUUAAGGAUUCGAGCCCAUCCAUCCCUUCAGAGUGAACAGAUUGGUCUCGUUUCGAUCAAUAACACGAUAGCCUUCAUAGACGAGAUUCAUAACGACGAUGGUGUUUGGUUAAGACUGAAUGCGGAUACGAUAAAACAGUAUUGUAGUAGCAGUCAUCUGGAGGCCUGGUGUCUACAGUACAAUCAGCACUUAGGGAAAACCUUGCUUCUCCCAGUGGAAGAACCGAAGUCGAUCCUAGAUCAAGUCAUCAAGGAAACUAUUUUACGGAAGAGGCCCGAAGUGAUCGACGACAAAAGGAAAACGGUCACUUUCGACUCCGGUAGGAGCAUGGUGGUCGUAAGGUGCGGCGCUUCCGGCCACAAUAUUAGAAGCAGACCAAGCUUAAAGGCUGCCCCGGUGGGAAUAUUGGCUCCCGGUAACGCCGUAACCAUUCAAGAAUAUUUUGUGAACAGCGAGGGUACAUGGGUGCGAAUCGACGACGAAGCGAUGUCCAAGUAUUGUUUCGACCGUGGUCGAGUCGCAGAGGGCGAGGCAUGGUCGCUCGCGAUUAGCAAGCAGGGCGUGACGUAUAUGAAAACCGAGAACGAUCUCGAGAACGACACGGCGGAAAAGAAACCGAUCGUGGUAGAUCCGUCCGAUUCACCUAACCAUAAAGGUUUCGAUUUCUCCGUGCCCUCAGUUAGUCACGAGGGCUUCAAUUUCACCGCGCAGAAUUGCACACCGGGCACCGCGGAGUCUGGCGAAGGUAGCAACACGAAUCCCUUUAUUUUUGGUUCAUACAAUCAGCACGAUUCACCAGGAAGCGAUAAACUCGCAUUAGAGAAGACCGAGGUCUCACCGAAGUUCUCCAAGCCCCAUUCCAAGGAACGAGUGGUGAAGGAGAGGGAAAGAAAGUGUCACGGCGAGAAGCGAAGUUCGCCCGGCAGGGAUUUUUCCGAGUUCGUCGGCGUGUCGGUGAAAGAGCUCGUGAAAGCGAUCGGCGAGAGCCGUGCGAACGGAAACGGUCCGACGCCACCUGAGACGCCGCGAAGAUUGUCGAGAAGUUCCUCGCCGAAGAAUCCCCAAGGUGGGUCACCAAGAUUUCACAGCCCGUCCUCUAGCCCGGUACAGAUACCCGUUUCUGGGGGCAUGGUGGACAGCACCACGUCACAGCGACGGGGAUCGACGCAAAGCGACACAAGUGCCUUGGUCAGUAGUCUAACGAGGGAUCCCUCGCAAUCACCCAGUGCUGUCAGCACAACUGCCAACACUCGCGACCUGUCUCCGAGCCCGAGUUGUAGUUCUUUGCAUAUAAGGUCCGAGGGUAGCAUAGCUAGUCCGCCUGACACACCGAAGAAAGAUGGCGGGGCCAUUUGUUUUCCAAAGGAUUCCCAGAAAAGUCCACGAAAAGUCUCUCAGGCCCAAACGCAGACGAGUAUCUCCUUUCACUUUAGCAUCGGCUCAACUGGUCCCAAAGACGAACGUCAUUCGCCAAAGUUAAGUAAACGAGAUCACUCGAAGAUGGUGAAGACUAGGGCGAAAAGAGCAAUGUCUCCGGCCAGUUCGCAGCAGAGUUCGAAUCCAAGUAGAACGCUGAACUUGAGCAAAGAGAAGGUUAAAGAAGCCGUCAGUCCAUCGGUAGCGGAGUGCCUGAGAGCUGUGUUCGCGGCGUUCCUUUGGCACGAAGGAAUCGUGCACGACGCGAUGGCUUGCGCGAGUUUCCUUAAAUUCCAUCCUAGUUUACCGAAACAAGGGGCCCUCGUUGUGACCAGACAGCCAGUGACGCAGUCGAACGAUAAGGAGGAACAGGAGCAGAAAGCCAGGCAAAGACACUCGGUCGAGGUGACUAACGCUGGGAAUUAUUUACACAUUCAACCAAGCACGUUAGAGACUUUGACGCGGUCGGCUGCGAAUGCAAACGCGAACCGGAACAGAAAGAAGCAAGAAACUUCCUCUAAAGAAGAGGUCCAAGCAAACGGUAAGCUUGGUGCUGUUCCAGAAUUCCAAACAGUGGCGGUAUUACCACCGGCCUUGAAGAGCUUGGUGUUCUUAUGGGAGGAGCUCAGUACCAAUUGCCUUCAGGCUAUAGAACAGCAGUCGGUAUUGCCCAGCCCGAUAUCGCAGAUACAAACGAUGAAAUUGGGCAAACGACCGAUACCAGAGAAACGACCCCGAGAGGAGAAAGUCAAAGACCGCGAGAAGAAGGGCAGUACGAAGAAGAAAGAAUGGAAACCAGUUGGUCGACCAAAUGGGGCUGAAGUGUCAGCUGGGAUUGAACGGGAGACCAUUUGUGAACUCUGCGGUCUGAUGUUUCCGCAUCCAGUGACUUAUCACAUGAAGAUGAUGCAUCCUGGCUGCGGGUGGCACGCCGGUGGAAAAGGAUACAACAGCGGGGGGACUUAUUGCAUAGGUUGGACGGGGAAUUGCGGCGAUGGAGGAGUAGGCGGAAGCUCGUGGUAUCUCAUCUGUGAUACGUGUCGCGAUAAGUAUCUGAGAGCUCGGAAGGUCAAGCUGGCGAAGUUCUUAACAGGAAUGUCGAAACGGAAGAACGGCUCUGGAAAGAUCCUGUCGCCGAUUACCAGUCCGAAUGGGAACGAGACACACAUCGUUAUGAAGAACAAUGCUAUGUUCCUGUUAGACCUGGCUAGCGCUUCUGGACUGAGCAUACCGAAGCAACAGAGACGACCUUCUCAAACGCUGUCAUCCGUAGCCGAAAAUUAUAGUCCUCCGGAAGCAGCGGGGCCUUUCCCGGCAACUGGGCCAUUUCAGUGUAUGCAGGCUUUAGGCGUCCAUCAUUCGCAGAGUCAUGACGAGAGGUACUACGAGGAAGUAUUGAGACGACAGAACGGACACCAAAAUGCCUUUGAAGGGAACAGCGGCAUGUUUAACACUACGAACGGAAGGCCUGUGUCGGAGUAUCCUAUGAGCGAUAGCGACAGCGAAAGUGGCAAAGGUCGAGGAAUGUUUCAUCGUUCAGUGUCUAUGUCCACUGGAGCUCCCUGGACCAGAAAUACUAACGAUGGCAGAGUUGUUAUCAUGCGGAAAAGGAAUAACAGUAGCAGUGAAAUGAACAAUAACGGCGGGUUGUCCCUAUUAUGUUAUCCGUCUGCAGCUCUUCAGAAGUUGGUACCAUCGAUGGAUCAGUCAGCGAUUGUGUCCACGAGUCAAACAGAAGCAACGAAUAACGACAGAAUAGAGAUCCUUAUGCGACCCGUAAUGCUUUUUGUUCUUCAACAGCACAAUUUGCAGCAUUUGCAACUAGCCAUGAAGCAAGCACUACGUCGUGCGGCUUGUCGAGUUUACGCGAUGCAAGCAUUGAAUUGGUUGUUAAGGAGCGUAACGCAGCCGGUAUCUCUACAUGACUUGCUUUGGUGGUUUUCUUCCUCCUUGACGCCAGCUGUGUCGCCUGAGGCUGCAGAGUCGAACGAGGAGGACAAUCGAACCGAGAAAAAGGACGAUCAUGAUAUGAUUGGCGUGUGUGAACAUCCCUUAAGCGACUUGGUGAUAGCAGGUGAAUCUGUCAACCCACUACCAACAGUGUUCCAUACAUUGUUACAAACCAUCGCCGAUCUGAUGCUUUUACCACCUCUCGGUUCACCGUUACAACAAGCUGCUAUCCGAUGUUGGGGUAUUAAAUUCACCCCCGCGGAUCAUAUGUUCCUCCAUAGAAGUCAUGUUUUUAGUAACAUUAGUAAAAUACUCUCGAGAUCCGAAGAAGACGAUGACAUUACGAUGAGUAUGCACGAAAGUCAUCAGUCUACACAUUCGCAGCAGAUAACCAGUUCCGUAGAAAUUUUGAAAGAUUUGACGCCUGGCAUUAAAAUCAAAGCUUCGAGUAGGCAGGCCAUGAUCGCUAGCUUGACCGACAAUUCAACAGAAACUUUCUGGGAGUCUGGUGACGAGGAUCGUAACAAAACAAAGACGAUUACUAUUUGUUGUAGUGCUCAUUCUCUUCCUCGAAUGGUGUAUAUCCAUAUUGAUAAUUGUCGUGAUUUAACGCACAAGGUAUCCAGUGUAACAUUUCAAUCGGGCAAUAACGCGGAUGAAAUGGUGAAGCUGAAGACAAUGGAAAUUGAAAGUCGCUCAGCUGGUUGGAUCAACUGUCCGGUUACAGAUUCACGACAUGUUGUGGUUGGUCUCGAAUUAAAAGGGCCAGAUAAUUCUUUGCGAGUCCGUCAAAUAAGAAUUUUGGGUGAGAUAGAAGGAGAGUCAUUGAAAAUUGGAAAACAGUUAAGUGCACAAAAAAUUCAACAAAGAACUUGCGAGGCCGAGACGUUGAAAGUGUUCCGAUUAAUUACUUCUCAGGUAUUUGGCAAACUUAUACUAGGAGACCAAGAACAACAGCAAAUGGAAUCUGCAGAUGGUAUUAACGAGGAUGUGGAAGAUAGUAAUGAUCUUCGAGAACAUAUGGUUGGCAUUUUGUUCAGUAGAAACAGUCUCACGCAUUUGCAAAAGCAAGUUUGUACACAUAUCGUUCAAGCUAUACGAAAAGAAACGGUUCGAUUAAGGGAGGAAUGGGAAGCACUGUUAUGUUCGUCAACACCUGUUAAUAGUCUAGUGAGCGACAACAGCGACUUAUCAAAAGCAGCUGACACAUAUUGCUUCGAAAUGCUAUCUAUGGUUCUUGCGUUAAGUGGCAGUUCUGUGGGACAAUAUUAUCUAUCACAUCAGUAUGGAUUAUUAAAAGACUUGUUGAGUUUGUUACACACUGGAUCGGCUAGAGUGCAACGUCAAGUAACAGCUCUUUUGAAACGAAUAUUACCAGAAAUUAAGCCCGAAGUACUAGCCAGUGUUAUUAGCGUCGAACGAUUACCACCCACAGACUUCAGUAUUGUAUCCGCAGCGAACAAUAGUUUCACGCAUACCACAGAUUUCAACGAACAUACACCAGGAAUACUCGAUGUUUUUUUAAGUUGUAUCGCCAAAGCAUUGACAGUUCAAGUUAAAGUGAAGGGGAAAGAAAAUAACGGAAAAGCUUUGCAGACUGUUUCACUAGCUACUAGCAUUCAUCCGAAGAGUCAGGUUGGGGGAAGAUGGUGGCUAAGAGGGUGUAUGACUCGAAAGUUGGCUGAAGUAAUCAUUCAACUUCUAAAAGAUAUGGCAUCGGGAAAACUAUCAGACGCAUGGGCGUCGGUAACAAAGGCAGCUAUUGCUGAAAAUAUUUUAAAUCUUACCCGAUUAGAUGAGAAGAGCCGCGAUCCGACGGAAUGUCUCCGAACGCCGACAUUAUGGCUGGCCCUUUCCUCCUUGUGUGUCCUUGACUCUGAUCAUGUCGAAAGAUUGUCCUCUGGUCAAUGGAGUGGUUCAGAGGGACAACCACCACCCCCUAGGCCAACAUGCAAUAAUCACGAUGAUGGUGAAACAACAGCAAUCAUUCAAUGCAACGAUUGUGGAAACCUGUGCGGAGAGUGCGACAGAAUCUUGCAUUUGCAUAGAAAAGCUCGAAUGCACAUAAGACAAGUCUGCAAAGAAGAGGAGGAAGCGAUACGCGUGGAUCUUCACGAAGGAUGCGGUCGAACGAAACUGUUUUGGAUUCUGGCCCUUGCCGACAGUAGAACAUUGAAAGCACUAAUAGAGUUUCGCGAUGGUUCACCCAGAAAACCGGUUGGAGCUACGUCGGGGAUCUGCAGAUUUUGUGGAAUCACCGGAAACACAGGUUUGCUGGCGAUUGGCAAUAUUUGUACGGAUAAUGAUUGUCAGGAACACGCUAAAAACGCGUGCAGCAAGAUGCACAAUUGCGGACAUAUCUGCGGGGGCGUUCGAAACGAGAAAACUUGUUUGCCCUGUUUGCAUAGGUGUUUAUCGGAUAGCGACUUGAAGCAGGACGCCGACGAUAUGUGCAUGAUUUGCUUCACAGAAGCACUGUCAGCCGCGCCAGCAAUUCAGUUACAAUGCGGGCAUGUCUUUCAUUUGCAUUGUUGCAAACACGUUCUGAUGAAGCGAUGGGUUGGGCCGAGAAUCACUUUUGGAUUCUCUCUUUGUCCAAUUUGCAAGGUACCUAUGGAACAUGCUACUUUGGCCGAUCAAUUGACAAAUAUUAACGAACUCUAUGAGGAUGUCAGAAGGAAGGCUUUAAUGCGUCUGGAGUACGAAGGUUUAUGCAAAUCGGAAGCAGCGUUUGGACCAGGUGCAAGAUAUCAAGAUUCCGCUGCAUACGCGAUGGAGCGAUACGCGUAUUACGUUUGUUACAAAUGUCAAAAGGCCUAUUACGGCGGUGAAGCGCGGUGUGACGCACAAGUGGGCGGGGAAACGUUUGAUCCGACGGAAUUAGUGUGUGGGGGCUGCAGCGACGUGGCAAGGGCUCAGAUGUGUCCGAAGCACGGGGCAGACUUCCUAGAGUAUAAAUGUCGUUAUUGUUGCUCGGUGGCAGUCUUCUUUUGCUUUGGAACCACACACUUCUGUAACCCCUGCCACGACGACUUUCAACGUGUCACCACCAUUCCAAAAAGUGAAUUACCUUCAUGCCCUUCAGGACCUCAAGCAAAACAACUGGACGGGGAUGAAUGUCCAUUACACGUGAAACAUCCACCAACCGGAGAAGAGUUCGCGUUGGGUUGCGGUAUAUGCCGCAACGCACAUACAUUUUGA